AUGAAAGACAGUGUCCUCCCUUAGUACUAUCAACACACAAAAAGCUCACCCUUGUUUUCAGCGAAUCCUCGAAAACGAGGAUCCUUUUGCAAAAUCUGGAAUUUCAAACAAGUUGAAUUCAUAACAUCCCAAUGGUUGUCCAUCACUCUGGCAGUUUUUAUUGUUCUGGCACGCUUUGUUCCGAAUUUUGCACGCCAAGGUGAACUCAUCAAGGCUCAAUGCACUAUUGAAUACGGCGCCGUUGCAUUGGUCUUUCUAUAGAAUGGGUUGAACAUGUCAACCAAAAGUUCAUUCCUCAGUCUUUCCAAUUGGCGUGCACAUUUCGUGGUACUGGUCAUGACUUUUCUUCUCACAAGUUCGAUUCUUUUUGGGUUCUGCUGUGCGAUCCAAAUCUCGGAAGACUCCAAGGUCGAUGAGCGGCCGCUAUUAGGGUUGAUCUUGACUGCAGCGACCCUGUUGGAAAUUUUUUGGCUGGGUUUGCAAAUGUACCUCAUCACAUCGCUGUUUGCAUUUGGAAACCCAUUCAACGGCUCCAGCGUGCGUAUGGUGUAUGCCAGCGUCAUGAAGCAGAUCGGAUUGUCUGUCUUCGUACCACUAUGCGUCGGUCAAGUGGCUCGAAAUGUGCUUCCCACCCAGGUGUCGUGGACCCUUAAAACGUUCCGUAUGAACAAGAUUGGCAGCAUUUUCCUGCUGCUGGUGAUGUUCAGCUCUUUUUUCCACGACUUUUUAUCAGCACGCAUUCACCAGCGUGUCCCACGUCUCCAUGUAUUUAUCGUUUUGUUCAACAUCGGGAUUUACCUGUUCUUCAGUGUUUUAUGCUUCGUCUGUGCCCAACCUUGGUCUAUCCUCAAAAUGUUCCCCGAUGAGCCCAACGAACACUCUUCGAAGAUGUACGUGUACGGGUACCGCGUGCUAAUACCUUUUUAUUACAACAAGAAAGAUACCAUUGCGAUUUUCUUUUGUGGACCUGCGAAAACGGCAGCUCUGGGUGUUUCCCUGGUCUCAUCCCAAUACGGCAGUGACUUCCCACAGUUGGGGAAGCUUCUUGUUCCUUAAGUGCUAUACCAAAGUGAGCAAGUUGUAACUGCGAAACUUCUGGUUCCACUCGUGAGGAGAUGGGCACAG